CUCUAGCGGCCCCUUUAAAGCUGAGGCGUUGGGAUGAGGUCCUCCCAUGAUUUUGUGAAUCAUUGCCUUGCUCUGUUCCUGUGCUCGCACUCUCUCUCUCUCUAUACCUCUCUCUGAGGAAGAAGAAAGAAGAGAGCAUCCUCAACUGAAGGGGCAGUGAUGGCUGGGGCAGUGAACUCGUCCUCUGAUGGCUCUGUUGCCCAGAACGGCAUCAACACCAUCGUCCAGGGAUGGUUCUCUGAAAUGAGCCCCAUGUGGCCAGGAGAAGCACAUUCCUUAAAGAUAGAGGAAAUCAUUUUCCAAGGGAAAUCUGACUAUCAGGACGUCAUUGUGUUCAAGUCGUCAACAUACGGGAAGGUACUUGUUUUGGAUGGGGUGAUCCAGGUGACUGAGAGAGACGAGUGUGCAUACCAAGAAAUGAUAACGCACCUUCCACUCUGCUCCAUUCCAAAUCCUAGAAAGGUGUUGGUCAUUGGGGGAGGUGAUGGUGGUGUUCUAAGGGAAGUGGCGCGCCAUACUUCUGUUGAACAAAUUGAUCUAUGUGAAAUUGACUCUAUGGUUGUGGAAGUUUCCAAGAAAUAUUUCCCUAGCCUAGCUGUGGGAUUCGAAGAUCCUCGUGUUAAUCUCCACAUUGGUGAUGGAGUUGCUUUCCUGAAAUCCGUCACUGAGGGCACAUAUGAUGCAGUUAUUGUUGAUUCUUCUGAUCCUAUAGGGCCUGCUGAAGAACUUUUCAAGAAGCCCUUCUUUGAAUUGGUUGCUAGAGCACUUCGCCCAGGAGGAGUGGUGUGCACACAGGCAGAAAGUAUUUGGCUGCACAUGCACAUAAUAGAAGACAUCGUCAAAAAUUGCCGUCAGAUAUUCAAAGGCUCAGUCAACUAUGCAUGGACUACAGUACCAACAUAUCCGAGUGGUGUUAUUGGGUUCAUGCUCUGUUCAACUGAGGGUCCAGCUGUUGAUUUUCGCCACCCUGUGAACCCUAUUGAUGCACAAGAAAGUCAAUGCGAUCGUCCUUUGAAAUUUUACAACUCUGAGAUUCAUUCGGCCGCUUUCUGCUUGCCAUCUUUCGCAAGGAAAGUAAUUGAGUCCAGCUCUAAGUAGUCAGAUCCAGAGGAAACCUGCUUUGUCCACCAAGCUGUUCGAUGCUGCAACUUGUUCCAUUCUGAGGCAAUUUGAUAGAAGCUAGAAGAAUUUUCUGUGCGAACCAUAUGCAGUGCUGACGUGAGAAUAUUGUUGGUGCAAUGUCUUAAAAACACUAUUUCCAUUGAAAUUUCGAGGGCAUGAGAUCUUCAGCAAUAAACAUUUCGAUGAUUUUUUUUCCCUGCUUGUUAUGAAAAUUUAAUGCUUAAGUUAGAAAUGAGAGCUUUGUUUUGCA